AUGUAUCGUGGUGCUUGCACCGACGAGUCUUUCCAGUCAAACGGGUGUCCCAAGUACUGCGACAAGAGCGACAUACCUGGAGGCGAUAGUUCGCUUCAUAUCGGCGUCUGGACUUGUGGCAGCGCACGAUUCUCUUGCAGCAACCUACAGAAUUGCGCGACCGGCAACUUCACCGUCAGUCUUCCCGGCAAGAUCAUGUUAAACGAAGCGGCAAGCACAGAUCUAGGGGACAGUCCCGCAGCUACAUCGGGCACUGGAAACAGCACUGGUACGUGUCCCAUGGGCAGUGAUACAGACAGCAAAGGCAACAUUUCUCCGGGCGCCGCGGCGGGUAUUGGGGUUGGCGUCGGUGUGCCUCUUGCGAUUGUUGCUGGAGCACUAGCUGUAAUGCUGUUGCGCGAGAAGAAAAACACGGCAAAGACCACACAAACAUUAGAGAUGGUUGAGAACGACGGCUCAAAGACUGGUGGUCCGAAUACACAGCCUGUUUGGGGUUAUGCCCACGCGGUUUCUCCCGAGCUAUCUAAUCAGCAACAUGUUCGACACGAGCUGCCUCAGUGA